AUGCGUUUCGCAUUUGAAGUUACCGGCAUAGAUUUAUGUGGCCCUCUGAUUCUCAAAAAUAAAAACAAAACCUGGGUAGUACUGUUUACGUGUGCUGUAUAUAGAUGUGUACAUUUGGAACUAGUGACAUCCGUAAGUACCGAAUGCUUCAUUCAAGCGUUUCGUCGGUUCAUAGCCAGAAGAGGUCGGCCAUCUACAGUUUAUUCAGACAACGGCACAAAUUUCGUCGGUACAUCUGCAUUGCUGAAAAAGGUUGACUGGGUAAAGGUAAUUGCUCAGGAAACUUUGCAUCCCAUCACUUGGAAGUUCAUUCCGCCCACUGCUGCUUGGUGGGGCGGAUGGUGGGAGCGUCUAAUCCGCACAGCCAAGAAUUUGAUUGUGAGAGUCUUAGGACAAGCUGCAGUCAAUUACGAAGAGUUACUCACCGUCAUCUGUGAUGUGGAAGCCGUAAUAAACUGUCGACCACUAACUUAUGUGUCAAAUGACUCUGAGGAUCUUCUACCAUUAACGCCUUCCAUGUUCUUACAGGACAUUAAGGUUUCAGGUACAGCAGAUUUGGAUGCUUUAGAUCGAAAUAAACUCUUGGCUCGUCAGCGUUUCUGCCAGGAACUUCGAGAACAAUUUCGUAGCCGUUUCCGCAAGGAGUACCUUGGACAGUUAGUACAAAAGCAUGGACAGACGGACUGUGAAUUAAAAGUUGGAGACAUCGUGCUAAUAGGUUGUGAGAACCUUAAAAGAGUGAACUGGCCAAUUGCUCGUGUCCAAGAACUUUGUACAAGCAGAGAUGGACGUGUAAGAGUUGUAAAAGUGAAAACUAGAAAUGGCAUACUGAUUCGUCCUGUACGUAAACUGUACCCUCUAGAAGUGUGUUCCUGUACUAAGGAUACCAUUAUUUGA